AUGGAUGAAGUUAAACCAAUAGUAUUUAAUGUUACGGAUGUCGAAGGACCUGCCAUACUAGGUUGUCAAACAUCGCGUGACCCGGGAUUGGUACAGAUUCCUUGUAAAAUAAUGCAUGUGCACGCGAGCACACCAACUCUAUCGAAUUCACAAAAUGUUGUUAAGAGGGCUACGCCUCUUACUAAAGAGACUCUGUUGAAAGAGUACCCGGAUAGACUUGAGGGACUAGGUACAUUCAAGGAUAUGAAGCCAUACCAUAUCACCUUAGAACCAGAUGCAGAACCAGUUAUCCACCCACCGCGACAAGUUCCAGUGCACCUUAGGGACCACUUCAAGCAGGAAAUUGACAAUAUGUUAAAACUUGGUGUUAUAACACCAGUUGAGAAACCGACAGAGUGGGUUAAUAGUGUUGUGCUGAGCGAGACAACCAACAGCAAAGGAGAGAUAGUAAAGGUAAGACUUUGCCUGGAUUCCCGUGACUUGAAUAAGUGGGUUAAAAGAGAGCACUAUCGCACGAGGACAAUUGAUGAGGUGGUCACAGGGCUAAAAGAUGCUACAUUCUUCACUGUAGUAGAUACAAGGAAGGGGUACUGGCACGUACCUCUGGAUACAGAAAGCUCGUACCUCACAACCUUCAGCACUCCUUUUGGCCGUUAUCGUUUCAACCGAUUACCCGUCUUGUUGUUUUUCAAGAUAUAUUCCAGAAGCAGCUGGACACAGCAUUUGAAGGCCUCGAUGGCAUCACUGGUAUAG